AUGGGUCGCAUGUUCCUAAUAGUUGUAGACUCCUACUCUAAGUGGUUGGAGGUUUUACCUAUGGGUUCCACUACAGCCCAAGCUACCCUACUACAGCUACGUAAGUUGUUCGCCACGUUUGGAAUUCCAGAACACAUUGUCACGGACAAUGGGCCACAAUUCACUUGCGGCGAGUUUCAAGAGUUCAUGCUGAGAAACAACAUAAAGCAUACUCUUACACCACCAGGACACCCUGCGUCAAACGGAAUGGCCGAAAAGUAUGUUCAGCAUUUCAAGUCUCACAUGAAGAAGAUGAAAGACAAUGGAAGUACUCUAGAAGAAAAUCUUGCAACAACCCCACACUCUGCUACUGGCGACACACCUAGCCACCUGCUCAUGAAACGUCAGCUGCGAACAUGGUUCUCUAACCUGAGACCUGGGCUUGUCAGUGACAAGGAACAGUCUGUGUUUGAGAAAAAUUGUAAGUGCGAACCAAGAUUCAAGGAACUUGGAGAUGCUGUUUUCGUGCUCAAUCUUCGUAGUGGACCACGCUGGUUACCAGGUACUGUGAUUGAUGUGCUGCAGCGCUCAUACUACAUCCAAGUGGAUGAACACGUCUACAAGAGGCAUGAAGACCAGUUGAGGCCCAGGAUGCUUGACAUGAAGGUUAGGCCAGAAGCUGACAGAAACUUAGAACCCCUGCUACAAACUCCAGUGCCUCUAGAAACAGCUGCAACCCCAGAAAUGGCUAAAACACUAAAGACCUCAGUUCCAGCUCCAUUUCAACCAGCCGAGUCUCCUCAUAAAGAAAAGGAACCUAGCGUGAGUGAAGUGCCCAAGAUGGAGGAAGAACAACCUCCUGGACUAAGAAGAAACCCAGAGAGACAGAGAAGGCCUCCACUUCGUUAUAGGGAAUGA